AUGCAAUUUCGGUAAAAAAUCGACUGCAGGUAACUGUUAUAAAUUUUGAUAUAAGUAACAUAAAAUUGCAUUGUGUAUGCAAUCUAGACUACAUGUCAUUCAUGCCAAAAGUAAAAUCACUUGAAGUUAUGCACACAGAUCAGUUCCUUCGUCCGUAAUAUGAACGGUUAAAUCAUGUCAAAGUAAAAGGAUUACAGUACAACAAAUCCUGUGUAAUAAUGUGUAAAACGUUAUUUAUUUUCGCACAACGUUUUUUUAGGAAAAUAAAUUAAAAUGGCGACUAUAUCGCCAGGUCGUAUUCAUGGCAAAGUAUCAGACGAAUGGCCAUCGAGACCUGUGGACAAUCGGAGAAAAACCUUGAACCAUACAACUACCGUUUCCGGAAACAAUUGGACGAAGGAAACCCCUAACCGAUAUGCCAAGUUGAACGAUUAUCAACAGGAUUGCGCCGUUGAACGCGAUGACAAGUUUCCGGGAGAGAGAAGUUCCGAGGAAACGGUCGUCGAAGAGGGCGCUGUUAGAAACACCUUACACAAUUAUCCGGAUGAAACGAUUUACGUGAACGUGGUUCCGAAACACAACAACGCAGCUCUUCGCGAAAAACUACAACCAUACAACGACCAUCCGGAGUUCAACAUGCCCGAGGCAGUACUGGCGAUGCAACGAUUGCAGAAGUUAAAAGAACUGCAAAUGAAACGAGACAUCACCGAGAGAUAUUACUCGCAGGAGAUUAAACGAUUAAUAGGCGAAUAUUAUCUUGGUGCUAAAGCAACUUCACCGUUGAGGCCACCCGACAAGUUGCAGAGCUCCAGCUUUCAACCUUAUUCUGAAAAUCGAUUUAAAAACGUAUCCAAAGUAUUGCAGAAAAGAAAUUUAGAACCGUGUGGCACAAUGACAACAAUCACGCGACUGAACUGUGGCUGCGUGCAAGAGACAACUAGGCCAAUUUUCACGACACCAAGAGGUCGCGUACAAAGGAAGAACUGUAGUCAAUCGCAGAAAGAGGUGCUUUUGAAACUAACCUCGUCGAAUCCUCAAGAGCGUUUCUUUUCGUCGCUGGAGGAAUCGCAUAAGGAUAGAUGUCAAGUGAAAUCGAAAAAAAGAAUACCCAUCGAUCCCCGAAUGUACAUGAAGGGCGGCGACCAAGAGUUCGAAGCGGAACACGCGAAAAGAAAUGAGCCACAAGAAUCGGAAACGAUCGGUCGCGUUUCGAGGACCGUCUCUCCCCACCGGAAAUUCAGCGAUACCUCCGCAACUUCUAUUUAAGAAUCGAAUUUGUAAUAAUUUGUACGUUCAUUAAGGGCAAUAUAUAUUCGUUCAUUAAUGGCAGUAAAUGUUCGUUUAUAAAUGGCAGUAAAUGGUCGUUGAUUAUCGAUACAUUGAUUUCGUUGUACAGUCAUGAAAUUAUCGAUCAAAGGCGAUGUGAACUUCAAAGUGAUCAAUUUUAGAGAUGAGUAUAAUUUGAUAAAUUAGUGCUGCGUGCUUAGAUAACAAAUUCAAUUGAACUCGAAUUAAAAAUUACUCGAACGAUGAACGAUUUAAGGAUUACGACCGAAUCGGUGAUCGCGCACAUCGGUGUUUUCUGUUUGAACGCUAUACUGCAUUACGCUCUCUACAGAGCCGUCGUUGCCACGAUCAUGCUAGCGAAAAGAACAUUGUCUUGGUUUUUCCGAAAAGUAUUGAAUCUUGGCCACACCGACGAAGCGCGGUCUCCUCUGUCAUGUAACGCUUAGUCGCUGUUUUUUCGCCAUGAAAUUCUCGGUAAGCAAAAUUUUCGUAAAAGAUGUAAUUUCAGAAUUUUUAAGUUAU